AUCAAAAAUCAACUGAAUUCAGUUAAAUCAAACAUAAAGGAAAGAGCAAUAACCAUGUCGGACAUUGAGGAUGUUUUCGGUGGCGGUGAAGAGGAGCAGGAGCAGACCAAAGUCGAAAAAGAGCCCGAACCAGAUGCUGAGAGCAAGAGCAGCGUGGUAACUGAACGCAUGGAAGAGGUGAUACCCGGCGAAACGGAAAAAAUGGUUACCGAAACCAUCGACGAAGAUGGCGACGUUGUCGAGGAGACUACGGAAGUAACUCGCAAGACCGUCAAAAGAACCAUGAAAAUUACUGAGACUUCUGCCACCACAAAGACAACAACGCUUACCACACCUGCCAAAUUAUAUGGCAAGGAUCUAAGCGAAUACGAUGAUGUGGAUGUGGAGAGCUUGUUGGCUCAACUCUCUCCCGAAGAGAUAACAAUUUUGGCCAAAGAAGUGGAUCCUGAUGACAACUUUCUGCCGCCAGAUCAGCGUUGCAGCUAUGAGUGCACCAAAGAUGCCACUGGGCCGCUGAACCGCAAGCAAUUGAUUGAGCACAUUAAUAAGCAGGCAAUUGAGACUCCCGACCAGCCAGAAUUUGAGCCAUAUGUUCAGGGCAAAGUGCGCGGCAAGAAGUGGGUGCCACCACCCAGAGAUGCUCGCGAAAUUGAGGCCGAGGAACAGAUUGCCAUCGAUAUGGGCGAGGAGUAUGAGCAUGCAUUGAAUGAUGCCACACAGGAGGAGAUUAUCGAUUUGGCUGCCAUUCUUGGUUUCCAUUCGAUGAUGAAUCAGGAUCAAUAUCAUGCCUCACUCCUUAACAAAGGUCAACCAGUGGGUUUGGGUUGGGAUGGUGUCACCAAAUCGACGCAGCAGAAACUUUUCCCCAUGGAUCCGCCCAAUGCCACAGAUGUGGAGGAAUCAAUCAAACGCGUCAAGGACGAUGACUCCAAGCUGAUUGAUCUGAACUUAAAUAACAUUAAGAAUAUCUCUGAUGAGAAACUCGAACAACUCUUUGCCGCACUGCCUCAGAACGAACAUCUGGAAGUUCUAUCGCUGACAAAUGUCGGCCUGACCGAUAGGACAGCUCUCCUGCUCGCCGAGGCGAUCGAGAAAAGCAAAACCCUGAGAGUAUUAAAUGUUGAGACCAACUUCAUCAGUCCACCCGUGAUUGUUAAGCUGGUGCAAGCCCUGCUCAAGUGUCACACCAUUGAAGAGUUCCGGGCCACCAACCAGCGAUCAGGGGUGCUGGGCAACAAGAUUGAAAUGGAGAUUACCGAUUUAGUGGAGAAGAACUCUUCGCUGCUGAGACUUGGCUUGCAUCUGGAAUUCAAUGAUGCCCGUCAUCGUGUGGCCGCCCAUCUGCAGCGCAACAUCGACAGAAUCUUCCGUGUGCAAAAACUUAAGCCCAAUUUACCCAAAUUGAUACUACCUGGUAAUAUGGAGAUUGAACGCGAGUUAAACUAUAAUCGCUCGGCCACGCCCACACCUUCACCAUCGCCCUCGCCAUCACCACAACCGCCAGCUGAAUAUGAUGUGGAAGUUGAUCCCGAUAAUAUGGUCAUACGUGGUGGUGGCGAUGCCUUUGAUCCCGAAAUCGAUCCCGAUAACAUGGUAGUGCCGGGCAGUCGCUCGGUUACGCCCAACUAUGACGAUGAGGGUGUCUAUCAAGCGCACACGAAUUAAACUGCGAUGUAAAAAUUUAAGUGAAACUCUACAAGAAACAUAAUACUCAAUACCAACAGGAACAUAAUUUAAAAUACGUGAAAUCUUAAUCAAACCUUCAACUACAACAUAAAACAGCGAACAACUUUAACUGAAAUGUUUAACGAAUCCUUUUUAUAAUUCAAUAAGCGAGGAAGAGUAUUUAUAUUCUUCGAACACAGAACCAGAACAGCAGUACAACAACAACAGCAACAGAACAAUUUCCCAAGCAAAACGAAUAUACGUGUGAAACGCCUGAAUCAGCGUAAAUAAACAAA